AUGAUGAAAAAAAAAGAAAUAUUUAUUUCACUUGGGUUAAUUUUGAUGACAAUUUUAAAAAGAAUGAAAAGUGAUAAACUUGUGAUUGACACGGAUGCUGGUGCUGAUGAUGCAAUGGCAAUUUUGCUUCUACUAUCGGCGUGUGCCAACAACGACACGAAUUUUGAUAUUGUGGCAAUUACUUGCACCUAUGGUAACACUAAUUUGAGAAAUGUCGAAAAAAAUGUGCUUAAAACAUUGACAAUCGCAAAUCAAUCAAAAAUUCCAGUUUACACUGGUGCUUACAAACCUUUGACCCACAAUCAUACAUCUGAUAAUUUCUUUGGUAAUGAUGGAUUUGGUGAUUUUGAAUUCAAUCAAAAAUUUAUAAGUAAUAUUGACAGAUCAAAACAUGCAGCAAUUGCAUUAAUUGAUUUAGCUUAUAAGUAUCCGGGUGAAUUGAAUAUACUUGUACUUGGCCCAACAACAAAUAUCGCGCUCGCCAUUUCAUUGGAUCCAAAAUUUGUCCAUAAAAUUAAGCGAUUUUAUGUUAUGGGUGGUAGUGUUAUUGGAAAUGGAAAUAUAAGUCCAGGUGUUGAAUUCAAUUUUGGCUCGGAUGCAGAGAGUAAUUUUAUAUUUUUUAAUUCAACUCGAGGAGAAGUUAGUUUAUUACUACCCUGGGAGACAAAUUUAUCGAUUAAUAUAUCAUCGUUAUGGAGAAAAAAUGUAUUAGGCGGUAUUAAUUCAAAGUUUCUAAAAUUUUUGAAUAAGGCCGAAUCAAAAACUACAGAAUUAUCAACUUGGCAACCUUGUGAUUCUUUAAUUGCAGCAGUAAUUUUGUGUCCAAAAUUGAUUAAAAAAUCAAUUGUUACGAAUAUAACACCAAUUAUGGAAGGUGAAGCACGUGGUGGAAUACUGAUUGAUUAUUCAGAAAACUCCUACAAGCCAAAAAAUGUUGAAAUUAUUCAAGAUAUUCAUGUUGAAGAGUUUCAAAAAAUUCUUCUCUCAUAUUUAUCAUACAUUUAA